GAGGGACAAACAGGCUUCCUGGCUUUGAGUGUGAUGAGAGAGAUAACUAUGAUUUGCUAUGGAAGAAUGCUAAAGGGGCCCAGAAAUCAGAAAAUGCAUUCUGGAAGAUGUAAGAGUCAAAGGACUGAGUGCUGGGGUUAGGGAACAUUCUUCAUUCAUAAAUGGGGAAGGAGGAACUGUGAAGGGGAUUGAAGAAAGGACAUGUGGAGGGGUACCCUGAGGUGAAGAAAGAAAGGCUAUCUCGUGUCUUGUUAAAGUAUUUGGCUUUUAUCCUUAAGCUAAUAGAAGAUUCUAAGCAUGGAACUCUUAAUCAUGAAGACAGCUCUUGACAGAGAUUACCCUGGCUGCUGGGAGGACCAUAGACUGGAGGGAAAACAACUUGAAUGUGAAGAAAUGAAAUCCCAGAGGAGAACCACUUUGUGCUUCAUGUUUGCUGUGAUUUAUUCUUCCCAAGCGACACUGAACUUAGAGUCUGCUAUCCAUCCUUCGGUUCUCCAGGAACAUGAACUAACUGCUGUAGAACCACUAAGGCAAAAACGAGCAGUUGCCACAAGUGGUCCCGCCAUGGAAGAGUACACUGUUGAUAUUGAGAUCAGUUUUGAAAACACAUCCUUCGUGGAGUCUAUCAGAGCUCGCUUGAACAGCCUCAGUUUUCCAAUUCAAGGAAACAACACUGACCCAGCUACUGAUAUUUUAAGCAUAGAGCUGACAACUGUAUGCAGGCCUACUGGAAAUGAGAUCUGGUGCUCCUGCGAGACAGGCUAUGGGUGGCCUCAGGAAAGGUGCCUCCACAGUCCCACUUGUCAAGAGCAAGGCAGCUCUCUCCCAGGGCACCGCUGCAGUUGCCUUAGGGGACUUCCUUCAAAGGGACCUUUCUGCCAGCUCCAGGGAGCAGAUGUUACCCUGAGAAUGAAGGUCAGACUAAAUGUGGAAUUUCCAGCAGACCUUAAGAACACAUCCUCUGCCCUCUAUAGGUCCUACAAGACCGACCUGGAAAGAGCGUUCCAGGAGGGUUACAGAAUUUUACCAGGCUUCAAAUCGGUGACUGUGACAGAGUUCACCAAGGGCAGUGUGAGUGUGUCAUAUGAAGUCCAGAGUAAAACACCACCACCUGGAUUAAUUCAGAAAGCCAACGAGCAAGUCAUGCAGACUCUUAAUCAGACCUACAAAAUGGACUACAGUUCCUUUCAAGGGGUGCCUAGUAAUGAAACUAAGUUCACUGUCAUACCAGAAAUCAUCUUUGAAGGGGACACAGUAACCCUGGAAUGUGAAAAUGAAGUUUUGUCCUCCAAUGUGUCUUGGUACCGGGGAGAAAGACACAUCCAGAACAACAGCAGAUUCUCCAUUUACACCUCGAUGCCCAACAACAUAACCUCAGUAUCACGCCUCACCAUCCACAACAUCACUCAGGGUGACGCGGGUGAAUAUCUUUGCAAACUGAUAUUGGAUAUUUUCGAGUAUGAGGCUAAAAAAAAAAUAGAUGUGCUACCCAUCCGAAUUUUGGCAAAAAAAGAAAUGAAGGUGAUGUGCGACAACAAUCCUGUAUCUCUGAACUGUUGCAGUGAGAGUAACGUAAAUUGGAGCACAGUAGAAUGGAAGCAGGAAGGAAAAAUAAGCAUUCUAGGAAACACAGAAACAAACCUAGAUUCUAAAUGCAGCAGAUUCACCCUCAAGGCUAAUGGAACCCAGUGCCCAAGUGGGUCAUCUGGAACAACAGUCAUCUACACUUGUGAGUUCAUCGGCGUACAUGGAGCCAGAGGCAGUAAGAAUAUAGACGUGACAUUCACCUCUGUGGGAGAUAAUUCCAGCCACAAAAGGGAAGUGCACGAGUUCCUAAGGCAUGUGAUGGAAGUGAGUACAGUUCAGAGCACCACCGGGAACAGCCUAGAAACAAGUAAAGCCCAGGAACAGCAAGCCAACCUGACCAUAACCCCGGACCUAAUUUCUGUUUCUGAGGGACAAAGCUUUUCCAUAAAAUGCACCAGCGAUGUGAGUAACUACGAUGAGGUAUAUUGGAACACUUCUGCUGGAAUCAAAAUAUAUGAAAGGUUUUAUACCACGAGGAGGUAUCUUAAUGGAGCAGAGUCAGUGCUGACGGUGAAGACCUCGACCAGGGAGUGGAACGGAACCUAUCACUGCAUAUUUAGAUACAAGAACUCAUACAGUGUUGCAACCAAAGAUGUCACUGUUCACCCGCUGCCUCUAGAGGCCAACAUCAUGAUUGAUCCUUUGGAAGCUAGUUUCUUAUGUGGAGACUCCCAUUCCUUCAAGUGCUGCAUUGAGGAGGAUAUUGACUACAAAGUCACAUUCCAGAUUGAUUCCUUGUCCUUUCCAGCAGCAAAAGAAGUUAAUGGGAAACAAGUGUGCUACAAAUACAGUUUCAACACAAGCUCAGUUUCCUUGUGUUCAAGAAAUGUUGAUGUGUUUUGUCACUUUACCAAUGCUGCUAAUAAUUCAGUCCAGAGCCCAUCCAUGAAGCUCUCUCUGGUUCCUGAGAAGAAUAUCACAUGCCAGGAUCCCACAAUAGGUGUAGGGCAUCCAGGAAAGGUCAUCCAGAAGCUAUGCCAGUUCUCCAACGUUCCCAGCAGCCCUGACCGUACCAUUGGAGGGACCAUCACUUACAUCUGUGCAGGCUCGAGGUGGAAGGUGAAGAGAAAAGACUGCAUCUCUGCCCCAAUAAAUAGCCUGCUCCAGUUGGCCAAGGCUUUGAUCAAGAGCCCCUCUCAGGAUGAAAAGCUCCCUGCCUACCUAAAGGAUCUUUCUACUAGCACAGGCAAGGAGGAACAGGAAAUCAGCUCAUCACCAGGGAGCCUGGGAGCCAUUAUUAACAUCCUUGAUUUGCUUUCAACAGUUCCAACCCAAGUGAAUCCAGAGAUGAUGAAGGAUGUGCUGUCUACUGUGAACAUCAUCCUCAGUAAGUCUGUCUUGAGCACCUGGAAGGUUUUACAGCAGCAGAAGACCAACCAGAGCUCCCAGCUACUGUACUCAGUGGAAAGGUUUUCCCAAGCCUUACAAUCUGGAGAUAACACCCCAUCGUUCCUCUCCCACCCCAAUGUGCAGAUGAAGAGCAUGGUGAUAAAAUCUGGCCAGACGAAUAUCUACCAACAGAAUUUUAUUUUUGCAGACUCUGACCUCUGGGGCAACGUGGCCAUUGAUAAGUGCCAGCUGGGACACUUGCAGCCGGAUUCAUCUAUUGUCACGGUGGCUUUCCCAACACUCCAUGCUAUCCUUGCUCAGGAUAUUCAGAAAAAAAAUUUUGCAAACAGCUUGGUGAUGACAACCACCCUCAGCCACAAUCUAACCAAGCCAUUCAGGAUUUCCAUGACUUUUAAAAGCAACCAUCACUCAGGAGGGAGUCCCCAGUGUGUCUUCUGGAACUUCAGUCUCGCCAACUCCACUGGCGGGUGGGAUAGCAGUGGGUGCCGGGUGAAAGAAGUCAAAGGGGACAGUGUGUCCUGUACCUGUGACCACCUGACAUCAUUCUCCAUCCUCAUGUCCCCUGACUCCCCAGACCCUGGUUCUCUCCUGAAAAUACUACUAGAUAUCAUCUCUUACAUUGGGCUGGGCUUUUCCAUCUUGAGCUUAGCGGCCUGUCUGGUUGUGGAAGCUAUGGUGUGGAAAUCGGUGACCAAGAACCGGACUUCCUACAUGCGCCACACCUGCAUAGUGAACAUCGCCACCUCCCUACUCAUUGCUGACACCUGGUUUAUUGUGGCUGCUGCCAUCCACGACCAUCACUACCCACUCAGCGAGACGGCCUGUGUGGCUGCCACCUUCUUUAUCCACUUCUUCUACCUCAGCGUCUUCUUCUGGAUGCUGACACUAGGUCUCAUGCUCUUCUAUCGCCUGGUUUUCAUUCUGCAUGAUGCCAGCAAGUCCGUUCAGAAGGCUAUUGCCUUUUCUCUAGGCUAUGGCUGCCCCCUGGUCAUCUCAGUCAUCACCGUGGGGGCUACCCAGCCGCAGGAAGUCUAUACGAGGAAGAAUGCCUGUUGGCUCAACUGGGACGACACCAAGGCCCUGCUGGCCUUUGUAAUCCCAGCACUGAUCAUUGUGGUGGUGAACGUGACCAUCACAGUUGUGGUCAUCACCAAGAUCCUGAGGCCUUCCAUUGGAGACAAGCCAAGCAAACAGGAGAGGAGCAGCCUGUUCCAGAUCAGCAAGAGCAUUGGUGUCCUCACGCCACUCUUAGGGCUCACUUGGGGUUUUGGUCUUGCCACUGUGUUCCAGGGGAGCAAUGCCGUCUUCCAUAUCAUAUUUACCCUCCUCAAUGCCUUCCAGGGAUUAUUCAUUUUACUCUUUGGAUGCCUCUGGGAUCAAAAGGUACAGGAAUCUUUGCUGAACAAGUUUUCAUUGUCAAGGUGGUCUUCUCAGCACUCAAAGUCAACAUCCAUAGGUUCAUCUACACCUGUGUUUUCUAUGAGUUCUCCAAUAUCAAGAAGAUUUAACAACCUUUUUGGUAAAACAGCAGCCCCAAAGGUCCCCCCAGGCAAAGACGGAAACCUUGUUAGCAGUGGCAGUUCACGAAACUGAUGGAACGUACAAUGUCUCCACCCCAGAAACAACCAGCUCCUCCCUGGAAAACUCAUCCAGUGCUUAUUCAUUGCUCAACUAAGAACAGAAAAAUCCAACCCACACGACCUCUUGGAACUGGUGGACGUGAUCUGAGCAAGAGACCCUUUUAAAGCUAUGGGUGAAGUGUUCUCUCUGCAGGCUUCUGGGAGCAGAUGCUGAAGAGUCUUUUCCACUAGAAAAGAACCUUUCUUUUGUAAAGACAGAUAAAAGUAAUGGUUAUGUUUAUUUUUGCUCCCCACCCCCAUCCCUUGUGUGAUGUCAGGUGUGUAUAGUAUUUAAGUGAAACUCAAAUCCCUCAGGCCCAACUUCUUGUCUAUAUUGUAAAAUAGAAUUUUGUAGAGACAUUUUCACUUUUUGCUAUUGGCUACAAAGAUAAGCUUUGACUGAAAUAAUAGGAAGGAAGCUAGUACCAAGGAAAUACUUCAUCAAAUUCUAGGAAGGAAGGAAGGGAGGGAGGGGGGAAGGAAGGGAAGGAAGGAGGGAGGGAGAGAGGAAGGAAGGAGAAAGAAAAAGAAAAAAGAAGGAGAAGGGAAAAAAACAACAUUAAGGACCAUAUUUUAAGAUUUUCAUAGUAAUGAUCUAAUGUAAUCACUCAGAUAUUUCAACACUGAGAGGUUAAAAAAAAGACUCAAAAUGGACACUGAAAGUAAGACGAGGGGAAUGAGCUUGAUAUCUUCCUGAUAUUUUCUUAGUUACGAAGUGGGGAAAAAGACAGUGGAAAAAUAAGAAAUCACAUCAUUGGGAUGCUUUCAAGUGGAUAAUGAUAUUUACAAGCAAUGCACCUAGGGGGACAUGAUUCUCCUAAAAUAGACAUGGGUGGAUUCCUUUGUGUGUCAAGGUCAAACCUAAGGAAUGAACAUGCAGAGAAAGUAUGACUGCAGGUCCUCGUCAGAUCCAAGUAGAUCCCACUGCUGACUAAAGUUUUAAGUUUAUUGAAAAAAGUCUUUUGUUUCAUUUUAGCAUACAUUUUAAAAACAAAAAAAAAACCUAUAUUUUUAUACCCAACCAUUGACAAAUGUGACAUAUUGCACUGAAAAUGGAGUCCAACUGUCUUAUUUGUAACAGCUUUAAGCAGGUACUUCUUCUCUGUGCAUUGUAGAAUAGAUUUUAAUAUUCUUCUGGCAUUGUACAUUACUAUUAUUGUUCUUACUAAGCAUUUGAUGGCCCUUGGUGUGCUGUAUAAUUUUUUGUGUAGUAUUUCUUUCAGUUCCCAGACCAAUAUACAUUAAGAGUUUUUUUUAUGGUUCAGCUUGUACUUAUUACAACCACUUGGAAAGCUUCCAGAGAAAAAAUUUACAGAGGGCUAUUUUGUGUUCUUAAUGACACUUUACCUUGAUGAGCAAAUGGCAAAACUUUUUCCAAGGAUUUGAUUGUUCAUGAAUUAUUUGUGUGUAUGUUGUCUGUAUGUGUGAAUUUCAUCAAAAUACAAAUAUUUAUUAAACUGUGUCCAUAUUAGAGUUCA